AUGCGAAAUGCGGGUUCUAAAUUUUACCAAUUAGAACAACUUCAUGAAAAAAAAAGAUGGUCUACACCUUCAGUAUCAGCUGAAACAAUCAGAAGAUGUUGGUUCCGUACAAAAAUUAUAUUUCCUCGUGAUGAAAAUGGAAUAUCUGUCAUCCCCUCCAUUGCUGUUGAAAGCAUUGAUGAUGUAGAAGAAAACCUACCUCUUGAUUCGAAUGAACAACAAGCGGCUAAAGAACUCUAA